UCGGCCAGCAUGGUCUCCCGGUGCAUCUUCUUCCCGCUCCUCCAGCUGCUCCUCCUGACCGUUCUGGCGGCGGAACCGGUGGAAGGCGCUGGCCGUUUUGAGCUCCGGCUGGGGCGUUUCUUCACCGACGGCACCGACGCCCGCGGCGAGUGUUGCGGCGGUCUGUGCCCCGGUGCCUGUCGCGUGUUCAUGCGCAGCUGCCUCGCCCGGUCCAGGGACUCGGCGUGCUCCAUGGGCCUCUUGGUGUCGCCUGUGGUGGCCAACAACAGCAUGCCGCCGGGAUUCGUGCUUGGCCAGAACAUGACCUUCCGCAUGCCGUGGCCGGGUCGCUUCAGGCUCACCCUCGAAGCGUGGCAUACCCAGAAUGGAACGGUGCCCCCGGAAGGCGCGUUCCGACGGGACCACCGCACGCGGCGUCCCCUGGUGGACCGGUUCCGAAGCCUGGGUGCCUCCGAGUGGUUCCUCCAGCUGGCCAGUCGCGUCCUGGACAUCCCGGAACGUUGGAUCCAGCGACGUACCGACGACCAGCACCACAAGCCGGAGCUGGGGUCGCUGGUGAGGCGCUUCGUGCUGCACGAGUUCCUCGCCGUGGGCGUCGAGUGGCAGCACCGCAGCUUCCCGGGCCUCGAGCUCGACUACCGGGUCACGUGCGUCGAGGGCUACGCGGGCGCCAACUGCAGCGAGCGCUGUCCGGGACCCAGCGAGCCAGGGUCCCGGUUCCGGUGCCUCGAGGGCGGCGCCAAGCAGUGUAUGGACGGCUGGGCGGGCGCCGAGUGCGAGCGUCCUGUGUGCGCCGAGGGCUGCGACGCCGAGCACGGCUUCUGCGAGAAGCCCGGCGAGUGCCUGUGCCGCAUGGGCUGGGAAGGUGCGCGCUGCGACCGCUGCACGCCCAUGCCUGGGUGCGUGCACGGCGCAUGCAACGCCAGCUUCGAGUGCAACUGCCUACCUGGCUGGGACGGUUUCUUCUGCAACCGACCCAUGUGUGGUCAAGGAUGUCAUGCCACCCGGGGCUACUGCGAGAAGCCAGGACAAUGCAGCUGCCGGUUCGGCUGGCAGGGACCCAAGUGUGACCAGUGCAAGCCGCUGCCGGGAUGCCUGCACGGACAUUGCACCAAGCCACUGGAAUGCAUCUGCGAUCCUGGCUGGACAGGCAUCUUCUGCCACAUCCCGGUGUGUUCGCCCAAAUGCCAUCACGAGCACGGCUACUGUGCCCGGCCGAACGAAUGUCGAUGCCGGGUUGGUUGGAUGGGCGAGAACUGCAGCCAGUGCUGUCCCUACCCGGGUUGCCGGCACGGCUCGUGCAACAAGCCCUGGGAAUGCAGCUGCGAGCCAGGCUGGGGCGGCAUGCUGUGCGACAAGCCGCUCCUGGCCUGCGACACGACCGACCCACCGCCGUGCGCCGAGGGCACCACGUGCAUCGACACGCCCGACGGCGGCUUCAAGUGCGUCUGUCCGCAGGCUACGUCCAACUGCACCAUGCCACGGUAG